UUCCCAAAUCCGGUCGCCAUGUUCGUCCCCAGCACCCCACCCGCCGCCGCCGGCAACCCUCAGCAUCACGUGAUGCCGCCGCCGCCGCCACACGGCAUCUACCCUCUCCGUGAUUACUGGCUGCGGCCUUCACCCGGCGAUUACACUGAAUACUGGGUGCUGGGGUUCCAACCGGAUCACAGCGCAGGAUCUUCCACCCCCACCCCCACCGUUGGUGGAUCGUCCCCUGGCGACGUCUCGGCGGCCCCCGUUCUCGAUCUCUCGGCAAUCCCUCGUACGCGGGCCGGCGCUGACGCCUCAGCUGCCCGAUACGGUCGCAUGCACCGCCGCCGUGCCCGCGACGAGAUUGGCCGCAGGCCCCACUUCCGCUCGCCCCCGCCGCUGCAGCCGUCACCCAAGCGGUCUCGCCGGUCGGAAGAUGACCCCAAGGAGUCUCCGCCGCUGCAGUCGUCACCCGACAAGUCUUGCUGCGAGAGCCCUCUUCAAAGAUUUGAUAGCCCAAUUAAAUAUGAUGCUUCGUAUGAGGUCAAUGACCUUCCUGCUUCAAAUGGGAAAAUGGAUCCUUCAUACGAGUCAUUGGUCAAUGACUUCAUGGAUGGUGUGGAAAAGAAUUGGCAUGAAACUGACUCAGAUGAUGAGGUUGAUCCAGCUGAGCGUGGGAAAAUGUAUCGAGAGCAAACAAAGCGUUUUGCUGAAUUGGCUCUGAGGCAUUACAACAAAAAUAAGAACAACAAGGUUAAAUAUUCUCUUGUUGAGGCCAUUGAUGGAAAUAUAAUUUUUGAGGGAACUACUUAUUAUGUCCAUGUAAAUUUAUCUGUCAUGGCCAAGAAUGGUCCGAAGAAGAAUGAUCCCAAAGCACUCGUGUUUGCUGAGUUGCAUCAUGUUGGUGAUCGACCAAAUGCAAUGGCCCUCACGUCCUUUCAUCUUCUGGAUGGGAAGAAACAAUUACGUGGGUGCUAUAAUCAGUCUCAGAACUCUUUUAGUGACAAGGAUAUGGAUAGACAUCAUUGUUAUGCCUGUGAUAGUGACAUCAAGCAUCCUGAUGGCUCACGGUACAAGGCAGGUCAUUUUAUUGCUACAUCAUACUAUCGUAAUGACUAGGCAGUCCUUGAAGAAGAGAAGGCCUUAAAGACAGUCCAGUAGCAAAUCUACUCGUUAUUGUGUUACUUCCUCUACUAGAUUACAUGCAAUCCCUGCCCAAGUGUUGUUUCCUCUUAUGGAUACCAGGUAGGUUCAGUUAGAUGUGAUCCAUAAGAAACAUAUAAUAGUUAUAUGUGCUUAUGAGUUAACGUCUUUCAAUAUAACUGCUAGACAACCGAGAAUAGCAUAGAUAAGACAAAGAUGACUACUAGGCAACCGACAAACGAGCAGAAUUAAACGACGUAUAUCCGGGCAACUCGCAUCACACAUGCUCAGUUCCUCUUAAAUGGUUAGACUAGCACUACUGGAAAAAACAUUAUCGCAAGCGGCCGAAAAUGGUCUUCGCAGGCGGGGCAGAUGUUCGUAUGUAUACAAAGGACUGUGAAGAUCUCCGAUCUUCGCAGGCGGGGCGGCCGUCCGCCUGUGAAGAUAAUUUUCAUAGGCGGGCUUUAGCUAGUCCGGUCUGCAGUGUAAAAAAAGAAAUCCGCUUGCGAAGAUAGGUAGAAAUUUUUGAAAUCUAAUAAUAGUUUGCCCAUAAAUUUAAUAAUAAUUUACUCGUUAAUAGAAAUUCUUGCAAGUAGAUUAUUAUGUACAUAUAUUGGAAGAUUAUCAAGUAUUUGAUA